AUGGAUUCAAGCCGCGGCAAGAAUUGUGAGAGUGGUGAUGCUGAGCUUUCGCCAACAGAACCUCCUGCAUCCGCUGAGAAAAAUGAAAUCGUGCCGCUCUCGGGAAAACCAUUCCUCACUUUCGUGGUUUCAUGGAGUCAUUUGUUUCCGAAGAGGUUUUAUCCAUUUCUUCCAGCCACUUGUGUCCCUGUAACACUGUCCUACGGGAAUAGGACAUGGAAGAUGAAGUAUAGCUGCAAAGGGAUCCUGAGGCGACUGUGCUCUGGGUGGAAGAACUUUGCCUUGGAUACUGAUCUCAAGGUUGGAGAUGGUUGUGUCUUGGAACUCAUGGACAGUAAUAAUAUACUGUUCAAAGUGCAGAUCCUUCGUCGGGGAGUCGUGCCGGUUAAGCGCGACAAAGGUCUAAGCUGUGAUGCUCCGAUCUCGAUCGACUAG